AUGUAUCAUAGGACCUGCCUACACGGUGACAGGGAAUUGGCCGCAAUCAAUGCUGCAGCGGUGACACGCGAAUACCGCGUGCAGCCUCAUCUCGAUUACCGAACAGUAUCUGGAAUCAAUGGGUGCUUCCCUUCAUACAAUGAGAUUGUUCAACUCACUCUUCCCGAUGGCUCUAAGCGGGGAGGGCAGGUCCUUGAGGUGCAGGGAAAGAAGGCGAUCGUGCAGGUAUUCGAGGGUACUUCAGGCGUGGACGUGAAAACGACCCACGUCGAAUUCACUGGGAGCAGCAUGAAGCUUCCGGUGGCAGAAGACAUGCUGGGACGCAUAUUCAACGGUUCUGGAAACCCCAUUGACCAGGGUCCGAGAGUAUUUUCAGAAGACUACCUGGACAUUAACGGCUCACCGAUCAAUCCAUAUUCCCGGAUAUACCCUGAGGAGAUGAUUCAGACCGGUAUCUCAACUAUCGAUGUGAUGAACUCCAUUGCCCGCGGACAGAAGAUCCCCAUUUUCUCUGCCGCAGGCCUGCCUCACAAUGAGAUUGCUGCGCAAAUUGUGCGUCAAGCCGGUCUGGUGAAGCGUCCGACGAAGGACGUACACGACGGUCACGAAGACAACUUCUCCGUGGUGUUCGCCGCAAUGGGCGUAAACAUGGAAACUGCACGGUUCUUCAAGGAGGACUUUGAAUCUAAUGGCAGUUUGGAUCGAGUGACCCUGUUCCUUAAUCUAGCCAACGAUCCCACUAUCGAGCGCAUUAUUACGCCUCGCCUGGCACUGACGACUGCUGAAUACUACGCCUACCAGCUGGAGAAACAUGUCUUAGUUAUAUUGACCGAUAUGUCGUCGUAUGCCGAUGCCUUGCGUGAGGUUUCAGCAGCGCGUGAAGAAGUGCCUGGACGCCGUGGUUACCCCGGGUACAUGUACACCGACUUGUCGACCAUUUACGAACGUGCUGGUCGUGUCCAGGGCCGCAAUGGAUCGAUUACACAAAUUCCCAUCCUCACCAUGCCAAAUGACGAUAUAACGCACCCUAUUCCCGACCUGACAGGUUAUAUUACCGAAGGACAAAUUUUUGUCGAUCGCCAGCUGCACAACCGACAAGUAUACCCACCAAUUAAUGUGCUGCCAUCACUUUCGCGGUUGAUGAAGAGUGCGAUCGGCGACGAGCUCACGAGGAAAGAUCACGGUGACGUAUCUAACCAGCUGUACGCGAAAUACGCGAUCGGACGAGAUGCAGCUGCGAUGAAGGCAGUUGUAGGCGAGGAGGCAUUAUCUGCGGAGGAUAAACUAGCUUUGGAAUUCCUAGACAAAUUCGAGAGGCAGUUCGUGGGACAAGGCCCAUAUGAAUCGCGUACCAUUUUUGAAUCACUGGACUUGGCAUGGUCCUUGCUUCGUAUCUUCCCCAAGGAACAGCUCAACCGCAUUAAUCCGAAGAUUAUUGCGGAGUUCUACGGGCGGAAGCCAACAAAAAAGACGGUUGACGCAGAAGAGCAGCGAAUGGGAAUCCAGGAGGACAAGCUCAUCGACGCAUAG